UAAGAGGGAGAAAAAAGAGUUGUCUGUAAAAUCCUUCCUUUUUGGUAUUUAUACACUGCCCUGUGAAAGCAGGAGACAGAGAAGUCUUUCCUUUCGUUGGAAAAUAUAAAGCAUCUCUUCUGGCCUCUUUAGUGGAUGGAGAGGUCCAUACAAACUCCUUCACAAAUAAUUGUCUAAUCUUGAGUUGGAUGUAGAUCCAACUUCUGGGUGGUGUUUUGCUGUUCUAGCAUGUGCGCUGAUCUUGCUUGAAUGCAUUUGAUCAUGAUGAUGCUAUGUCAUGCAUCCUAUUUUUCCCUUGCUUAGAGAUAUAUAUUUAGAAAGUUGUAUGCCCACUUAAAGAGGGGCUGUUCUGUAUUUUCACCCACAAAUUAUAUUUGCUCUUGAACUGAAAUUUGCAAUGAUGGACACAAUGCUUUUUUUGAGUAUGGACCUGGUUCUUGUUCCACUCUUGAAAGUAAAUCCCUUAAUUGAGCCAAAAGAGAGUGGGGCGGGCUGCAUGAAGACUUCUUUUAAUCGUUCUAUGAGCAAUGACUCUUUAAAAUAAGGUACCAUCAUUUCACUCCAUGGAAAAUAUAGAAAAUCAAUGUUGAAGCCACAAAUUUGUCCAAAAGCAAUAGUUCCCAACCUGAAUCUGGGUAAAACAGAUCACAAAAUAGAAUUUAGCAUGUUGAAAUCAGGGUGAAGGUCCACUGGCAUGGUGAUGACAUGGCACAGUUCUGGUGCUAACACAUUGCUGAUUGGGCAAGACUUGAAGUUGAUGUGCCUGACACAUUGCUAAUGAUGUGGUGCCUUGCAAAUUGAACUGGAUCUGGUACUGUUCUCGAAACUGGUCAUAUGCUCCAGGUUAGGUCUUUUGUUGCAGGCAAGGGUAGGUUUGUGGAGGCACAUGUCACCUCUGUUUGGACUGUGCUUCUGGCUGCUGAGUUGUCAGCAUCUUCUGAGUUUCUUUCUAGCACUGUUUUCUUGAUUGGGUGAUGCCUUUGUUGGUGUAAACAUAGGUACAGACCUUUCUGACAUGCCCACCCCAACUCAAGUGGUGGCCCUUCUCAAGGCUCAGAAUAUCCGGCAUGUCAGGUUAUAUGAUGCUGACCGACCCAUGCUUCUUGCACUUGCCAACACAGGAAUCGAAGUUACUGUCUCUGUUCCCAAUGACCAGCUCCUUGGCAUUGGUCAGUCAAAUGCCACUGCAGCCAACUGGGUAGCACGCAAUGUUAUUGCUCAUGUACCCACCACCAACAUUACAGCCAUUGCUGUUGGAUCUGAAGUCCUGACAGCCCUUCCUAAUGCUGCUCCAGUCCUAGUUUCUGCCUUAAAAUUCAUCCAUUCUGCCCUUGUUGCUUCUAAUCUUGAUAGCCAAAUCAAAGUCUCUACUCCACAUUCAUCUUCAAUCAUUUUGGACUCCUUUCCUCCUUCCCAAGCGUUCUUUAAUCGCACUUGGGACCCAGUCAUGGUUUCCUUACUGAAAUAUUUGCAGUCAACAGGGUCAUACCUUAUGCUCAAUGUAUAUCCAUAUUAUGAUUACAUGCAAUCAAAUGGUGUGAUCCCAUUAGAUUAUGCACUUUUCCGCCCCCUCCCACCUAACAAAGAAGCUGUGGAUUCUAAUACACUUCUUCAUUAUACUAAUGUCUUUGAUGCUCUGGUUGAUGCAGCAUAUUUUGCAAUGUCGUACUUAAACUUCACCAACAUCCCAAUUGUAGUAACUGAAUCUGGCUGGCCCUCUAGGGGUGAUUCAUCUGAACCUGAAGCUACACUAGACAAUGCCAACACAUACAACAGUAACUUAAUCAAGCAUGUCCUUAACAACACUGGAACACCAAAACACCCUGGAAUUGCAGUUAGUACUUAUAUCUACGAGCUUUACAAUGAGGAUUUGAGACCUGGCUCAAUUUCAGAGAAAAACUGGGGGCUCUUUGAUGGCAAUGGGGUGCCAGUUUAUGUCUUACAUUUAACAGGUGCUGGUACCGUGUUGGCAAAUGACACCACUAACCAAACUUUUUGUGUUGCAAAGGAGGCUGCAGAUCCUAAGAUGUUACAGGCCGCACUGGAUUGGGCUUGCGGACCAGGGAAAGUCAAUUGCUCCCCACUGUUGCAGGGGCAACCAUGUUAUGAACCUGAUAAUGUGGUAGCACAUUCAACAUAUGCUUUCAACUCAUAUUACCAAAGGAUGGCCAAGUCUCCUGGGACCUGUGAUUUUAAGGGAGUUGCCACAAUCACUACAACUGACCCAAGUCAUGGUUUGUGUGUAUUUCCAGGAAGUCUUGGUAAAAAUGGCACCAGCACAAAUGACACAUCAUCAUUGGCACCUUCUUCAAAUUCUACCACUUCAGGUUGCCUUUCACGUUAUCGCUACAGUGGUGAUUCUUUCACAAUCUCUGUGAUCAUGUGUGGUUUACUUUUACUCACGAGUGCAACUUUCUUGUAAAACUUACUGACCUUUGUGUGAUCUUGUGCUUCUGUUUAACACCAUUCAAAUCUUUUGGGAAUUUUCCAUUUCUCUUUGGUAGUUCUAUCAGCUUACCCAAUUUUGUUCCUCGUAGAGGAGUUACAGGGUAGCAAACAUUAACUUUUAACUG